CCUGACGCCUUGAGAAUCUGGGAUACCCCUUCCCUCCCAGAAGAAAACAUACACAGAGGCAGGAACAAUUCUAAGAAGUUUAUGGACAGGGGAAUGAGAACAGGAGAUGCUGUUUCUUCGUUGCUCCCAUUGUUUGUAUACUUUCCCUGAAUGUUUUCCCCUCCAUGACCACCAGGUGGACUCCUAAUUUGCAAAAACAAACAAAAAAAGUGGCUCAAAUUUGUCAUGGGGAACACCACCCCUGAUUUGCCUGCCCCUCAUACAUAUUCCUUUGUUCAUUCAAUAAAUAUUUAUUUAGCAAUAAUGUAUUUUGGCCCAGGCAAUAUUCUGAGUGUGUAAAUAGAGCAGCAACCAAGAAAAACAAGGACCCUGUCUUCAUCAGAGCUCACAUUCCAGUGGGGGAAACAGAUGAUAAAUAAACUUUUCCAAUGGACCUUGAGCUCUGUGAAGGCACUUUUGUCUCCUGAGGCCUAGGUCAGGGCCUGGGACGUGGAAGUAGUUAAUAAAGGCUGGUUUGAUGAAUGAUUGAGGAACUAAUUUGGAGUUUCAAAAGUUAAACCACAAAAAUGUAAAAGGAUAAAGCCUAAAGUACAUAAUCGAGAGAUCAUGCAUCCAGAUCAAGACAAGGCCCCCUGGGGAUAGGAUAGAGAAUUUACAAGUGGGUGUUCCCUGCAUCCCAGGUGGCCCGUGCUUGAACUUAAUAGGUAAGAUUUAUGGUGCAAUUGUGGUAAGCUUUUCCAUUUGAAGUGUUUGCACACACAUUAUCAUCUAAUCCUCACAUGAGGCUUGCAAAGUACCCAUUAUUAUCCUCAAUUUACAGUGGAGGGAACUCAAGCCCAGAGUUAACUUAGGGCCCACACCAUUGAUCAGUGGGGGAGUUGGUUCUGACCCCAGCCUCUCUUCCUAAUACCCAGGCUGCCUCUUACUACAACCUGGCCCUACAGGAAAGGGAAAUGCAGAGACGUGUCAUCUCUCGAAUCCCCCAAAUCCCCUUCAUCCAGUCCCUCACCCCUGGGAUGCUGCCCUCAGGGGCAAAGGGCACAGAGGAAGGGGCCUUAGUAGGUUAAUUAUUAACUCUUAGCACCCCAGGGCACCGCGGGCUUCUCUCCCCUCCUGGAGGCGGAGAGAAAAGGACUGGCUACGGGCAGUGGUCCCAGCAGCAGCCAUGAGGGUCGUGCUGCCUCCGCAGGUCCCGUGGCGCUGGUUCCACCGUGCAAUUCUUCUCACUAUCUUCACGCUGCUGCUGCUUUAUCUCAGUGCUCAGAGGCUCCGUAAGUAGACCCUUCCCUCACCUACUCGGGCAGGAACCCAAGAAUCCAGGCCCUUGGGACCUAAGUCCCCUCCUGACGCCCUCUCCGCUCCGCCUCGCCUCUCCCCAGGCGCCCUCUCAGGCUGCCGAUCCGGAGCGCAGUCCUGCAUUCCCGAGGGACCGCCGCCUUUCCAGGUUCGGCAACACUCGGGACCCCUGGAGACCCCGGAGCGGGAAGAGCCUCAGUGUCUGGGCCCCCAGGGGAUGCUGGGCCGCAUGAUGAGGCUGUUCCGCGCCAGUGUGAACCCCGAAAGGGAUGUGGAGUUGUCGCAGUACGUGGCAGGAUGGAGGGAACUAGUCAGGUUCCUAACUCCGCUCGGCUCCAUCUUCGCCUUCGCCACAAGCGAGGCCUUCAUUAAAGUGACAGCCCUGGAGGCUCGGGUGCAUGGCCCAGAUGCCGCGCACUACACGUCGCUGGCGGCCAUGCUGGCGUGGGAGCGGCGGGCGGGACUUCUGGAGCGGCCUGGGAUCGCCCCCCGAGACCCGGCCAAGUCCUCGGGCUCACGAACGAUGCUCUUGCUGCACCGUGCGCUACACUGGUCCCAGCUCUGCCUCCACCGGGUGGCGACCGGGACGCUCGGAGGCCCGGACGCCGGCGUUCAGUGCAGCGACGCCUACAACAUGGCCCUGGCGCCGCACCACCCCUGGCUCAUCCGCCAGGCCGCCCGCCUCGCAUUCCUCGCCUUCCCGGGUCGCGGCCGCUUGCUGGAGUUGGCAUGUCCGGGAACCAGAGAGGCGGAGGCCCGGGCCGCGCUGGCCCGGGCCGCAGGCACCCUGGAGGAUGUCUGCAACCGUACCCAGGCCUUGUUGGCCGAACGCGGCCUGCUCCAGCUGGCCUGAGGGCAGCCGCUGCCGGGACUGGCGAGGAAAGGAGCGCCCUGGGGCGGGGUCAGCGCAGCUCGGGGCGGAGCCCUCAGCACCGGCUUCCAGCGCCAGGGGGCGGGACCGCCUGAUAACGCGCCCCUGUUGUGACGUCGUCGCCCCGGAAAGCCCGCCCCCGGCGGGGGUGGUUUUUGAGCUCCUCCCUCUAUCUGCAGUAUUGGAAAUAAGGGAGGAGCUGUGGGGAAUAAAAAGUAAUUUUUGGUA